AUGUGGCAACAUCAGUGUUAGAAAACUAAUGUCUGUAUUCUGUUCUGUAAGAUCAGAAUAAAUUAAUAUUUGCAAAAUUGGAACUUUUUGUGGAUAAUGACUGAUUGUUUUAAGUAAUCAAUAUAUGCAUAACUAUUAUUCUUUCGUUUUUGCUCCAGAUACAGUCGUAAAUUUGUGUACUUUGUGAGUUAUUUUAGUAUUCAGUGACAUUAGAGUGAAGUGCCUAAUUUGAACAUGGAGGCUAUAGCAAAACACGAUUUCACUGCUACUGCGGAUGAUGAACUCAGUUUCAGGAAAAACCAGGUUCUUAAAAUACUUAAUAUGGAGGAUGAUAUGAAUUGGUAUAGAGCAGAAUUAGAUGGAAAGGAGGGUCUCAUUCCUAGUAAUUACAUUCAAAUGAAAAAUCACAGUUGGUACUAUGGUAGGAUAACAAGAGCAGACGCUGAAAAGCUUUUAGCAAAUAAACCAGAAGGAGGAUUCCUUAUAAGGAUUAGCCAAUCAAGUCCUGGAGAUUUUUCAUUAUCAGUGAAAUGUCCGGAUGGUGUCCAACAUUUCAAAGUACUAAGGGACGCGUCAAGCAAAUUCUUCCUAUGGGUUGUGAAGUUCAACUCGCUCAAUGAAUUAGUCGACUACCAUCGCACCGCCUCUGUCAGCCGCCUGCAAGACGUUAAACUUAGAGAUGUUGUGCCUGAAGAGAUGCUGGUACAGGCGCUGUACGACUUCACACCGCAAGAGGCUGGCGAGCUGGAGUUCAGACGGGGCGAUGUCAUUACUGUACUUGACCGCUCAGACCAGCACUGGUGGCAGGGCGAGAUAGCUCACCGGCGCGGCCUUUUCCCAGCGUCGUACGUGACGGCAUAUCACUCAUAGCUUACGGAGCAACACACGCUCCGCCUCCCAAUACCCAUUAUGCUCGCGCCACCUUCGCUCUAAACAUUUGAAAUUGCAUAUCCCGCAAACGAUAGUAAAAUCGCACGACAUACAUGGUCCAUACAAACUAAUACAAUCGCAGUUGAUUGGCUAUGUGACUGUGCGGUUUUAAAUUUUAUCGCUUGCGGGAAAAUUGCAUCAUCGUUCACACUAAAAGUGCAUGCUGUCUUUUUCUAGCAUUACCUGCUAGAAAGAGACGUCUAUACUAUUAUCCUAUUACGGAAAUAUCCACCAACGAAGCGUCACAGCAGCUUUUAUAUUUUAACGGAUUUUAAAUGUAAUUUCUAUAUGUAAUUACGAAGUUUAUUAUUGAUAUUUUAAACAAUUAUCGAAGGAAAUAAUUUUGGUAGUUCCAAUUGUGACGCUUCGAUAGUACAAGUUAGCUUGUAUGUCCUUUCAUAAUUCUUUAUCCAUAGACAAGCAACUGAUUGUAAUUUAUUAACCGGAAAUUGAUAGUUCUGGCGUGCAUAGUUUCACUCUAAAAUUAAACGAUUUGUAUAAAUAUACAAAUGAAGAACUAGCAAGGUUAAAUAAUACUUAAUGUUACCUAAAGUAUAUUUUGUUUAGUUUUAUUUAAAGCACUUACCACAGUAUAUUGCAUUUAAAUUAAAAGCUCAAAAUCUAUUUGGUUAAGUGUAUAUUUUUGAUUUACAUUUUAACAAGUUUUUACUAUCAAACACAGGCAGAUACGUUCGAUCAGUUGCUUGUACUCAUCACAUCUUGCUAAUAUAAACCCCAUUAAAUCAAUCUUUAUAUUUACACAAUGGUCCUUCGAGCCGGAUUGCACAAUAUGAGAAAAAUCGAUAAGCCAAGUGAAAAUAAAAAGAUUGAUUACCCAUGCUUGUGUCAAUACAUUAUCAUCAACAUUCUUAUCAUCUAAAUCACCAAGCGAGUCUUCGAGGCGGAGGACGUUGUUGAAAUAUAUAAAAAUGGCGUUGAAACCCAAUUCUGGGGCUGUGUGAUUGGCGAAUGACAACGUGGACACUAGAAAUACACACG